AUGGGAAACACCAAGUCUACCGAGGCCGACAACUCUGGUGGUGAGGAGAAACCCGAGAUCAAGAAGAAGAAAGAGAAAGACGUCCCCAAGUAAGUACGGUAGUGGUUUGUUUAAUUUAUGAUAGAUAACAUAUGACUCUAUCACGGAGUGCUUUGCAACCAGAUUACGGUCAUCAAAAGCAUUAUUUAACGUGAAAAUUAAUAACACUGGAUCCGAUUCAAAUUCAAUAAAACUUUUAAGAGCCAGCACGUGCAAAGAAAAAAGUUUUUUGAGCUCGAGCCAGAAGGAAAUCUUGAAAUACUCUAUGACAAAUGCCAAGGAGGACCUUGGUCAGCGGAUCUUCACCAGAGUUAUGGACAAAAGAGAUGAUUUCCGAAACUUUGUAGAGGGCUUGAGUAAAGAGGAACGUCGAGAACUGACUGACCGUCUCCGUGAGUUUCUGAUUAAUGUGGUUGACAAUGUGAAUGACGCGGAAGAGAUGGACAACUUGAGCAAAAGGUUUGGCAGUCAGCACGCACAGCUAAGGGCUUCCGGGUUCAAACCUGACUUCUUUGUUGGAGUAGCAGAUUCAAUGACUACAGAAUGUGUCUUUUUGGAUGGCGCUGCUCAUGGAGCAACAGAAUGUCUUGUGGCGUGGUAAGUCUUAAGUGAACAUACCGUAUUUUUUCAUUAAAAAAACUAUACGAAACAAACUAAAAUUGUUAUUGUAGGUCACAAUUGACCAGUCAGGUGUUCAGUGCAGUCCGGGACGGCUACUACGCAGAGCUACGACGCUUGAGGCGUUUAUCAACUGCGAAAUCGACUACAGAAGAGAACCCAGACCAAAGUAAAGAUGCAGACGCUGUUUCGUCAAAGUAAGCCGAAAUAUAAAGGGAAAUAAUAGCUACAAUUCAUAUAAAUUAACUUCGACAAACACAAAAAAUACUAUUUUGUUUCUAUUUUAUGAUAACUUAUGCUAAAGUGCUCUAAGUUUAAUACUUGAAGAUCUGGAGAAGAUUCCACAUCCCUCACGUUGGACGACAAAGAAGAAGGCAGAAACAACCAGCUUCUAGCACCGCCACCAUCAUACUAA